AUGGAGUCUUCUCUGUUCGGUUCUCUGUUCAGAGUGCUUGGGAGUCUCUUCGACCUCGUGCCUAGGGUGACUUGGUAUCACAUUGUAUGGUUCCCUAAAUGUAUUCCUAGACAUGCAUUUAUCCUUUGGUUAGCAAUUCAAGGUGGCAUCUAUACACAGACAAAGCUUCUUAGCUUUGGUUUGGUACAGUCUAUGCGUUGUGUGCUAUGUGGAUGUUCAGUGGAGGAUCUGGAUCAUCUUUUCUUUGCUUGCCCAUUUUUUGAGCGUGUUUGGAAUGCUCUGCAUGCGAAGUGUAACUUGCCUUCGGUCCAACGGAGUUGGCUAGACACUAUUUCUUGGAUGGAACAAUUUCGAAGGAGGUCAAUGUCCUCCAUUGUUAUUCGGUUAAUGUUUGCGGCUUCAAUUUAUGCUAUUUGGCAUGAACGCAAUGCUAGGACCCAUGGAGAGGCUCCUAAAAAUGAGUCUACUGUUAUUCAAGAUAUUGUUUUUACUAUUUGUGCACGAGUGAAUUUGUGCAGGAGCUUGGUUCCAUCUAAUGAAAAUAGAUAG